GGUACUUGCAAAAGCUCAAUUAUAGCAUUAUUAUAUGUGGAGUAUACAUGUAUAUGCAAUGUAUUUAUGUUAGUGGCAUAAUAUUGGAAAGGGUUUCAUUUUAGUAAAGGAAAGUAAAAGACAAGGGAGAGAGGGGAAGAGAUGGAGAGAGAUGGAGAGAGAUGUGAUGAGUAAAAUAGUAUAUGAUUGGUUGUAAUUGUUGGGUUGAAGCCAUUCACUCUGCUCUGGCCAUCACCAUCAUUGUCAAUAUGUACCUCUUCACUUACUAAAAGUCUUUAUCUGUCUCUGCAAAAACAAUCCUUCUUUGAUCUCCUUUAAUUCUUUAUUCAAGACUUAUAUUUUCUUUUGUGGGGUUUUGUGAUUCUUGAAAAAGAUUGAAGCUUUAGUGCUAAAGGCCUGAUCUUUUUCUCCACCAUCUUGUUCUGCUGCAAAAUUUUCAUCUUUGUCUUUGUUUUUCUGGGUUUUAAAGAUGACUGUUGAGGAAACAAGAGCAAGUUCUGGGAAUGAUUUUGAUGAUUUUCCAAAGGGUAUGCGUGUUCUUGCUGUUGAUGAUGACCCUACUUGUUUGAAGUUGUUAGAAGGUCUCCUCAGGAAAUGCCAGUAUCAUGUUACACUUGCAAAUCAGGCAAGAAUAGCAUUGAAUAUGCUUCGAGAAAACAGAAACAGAUUUGACCUGAUUAUUAGUGAUGUGCACAUGCCGGACAUGGAUGGUUUUAAGCUACUGGAGCUUGUUGGACUUGAAAUGGACCUUCCUGUUAUUAUGUUGUCGGCAAACAGUGAUCCUAAACUAGUAAUGAAGGGGAUUACUCAUGGUGCUUGUGACUAUCUUGUAAAACCUGUUCGAGUUGAGGAACUCAGAAACAUAUGGCAACAUGUGGUCCGAAAGAAGGUUGACCCUAAGUCACGGGACAAGUCCAACUCUUCUUAUGAUAGAGAUCAGCAGGGAAGUGAAGGUGGACAAGGACCUGCUGUAACUGGUAAUGUAGACCAGGAUGGAAAAUCAAGUAGGAAACGUAAGGAUGAUGAAGAAGAAGAUGAAGAGAAUGACCAGGAUGAUGUCGACCCAUCAGCACAGAAGAAACCUCGGGUAGUAUGGUCUAUAGAGCUUCAUCGGAAAUUUGUAGCAGCUGUUAAUCAGCUAGGCCUUGAAAAAGCUGUUCCAAAAAGAAUUCUUGAUCUUAUGAACGUUGAUGGGCUCACAAGGGAAAACGUAGCUAGCCAUCUUCAGAAAUACCGACUGUACCUGAAAAGGAUAAGUACAGCCGCAUCUCAGCAAGCUAAUAUGGUUGCUGCACUAGGUGGUAAGGAUGCCUCCUAUUUGCGCAUGGGAUCUCUUGAUGGAUAUGGAGAUUAUCGAACUUUAACUGGAUCAGGAAGGCUUCCGGGCACCGGGUUGUCCUCUUAUGCACCCUCUGGAAUGCUCGGAAGAUUGAAUAGUCCUGCUGGAGUGAGCCUCCGUGGCCUUGCUUCCCCUACUAUUAUCCAGCCAAAUCUUGCACAAAGCCUAAGCAACCCUGCUUUUGGGAAGUUUCAGACAAUUGGUUCGCAAGCCCACCAAAACCCAAACUUCUUUCAAGGAAUUCCAUCGUCCUUGGAGCUUGAUCAGUUCCAGCAGACUAAGUCUACUACUCAGGUUGGAGACUUUAGUGCCAUAGACAGCCACAGAAGUUUUUCUGCUGCUACUAAUAGCUUUGCGGACACGCGAGCUGCAGUGAAUUCAAGCAAUUUACUAGGUACGGGUCCAAGCAACCCUUUACUUUUACAGGGCAACACACAGCAGAUACAGAAUGGUCUCGGAUUUGUUAAUCAGUCCUCUGUCAACGUUCCUUCUUUGACCUCGGAUUCUUUUAAUGUCGGUACCAGUGGUUCAUCUAAUAUCAUGGAUGAUGGCAGAGGUCAAGAGUGGCCCUUUCAAGUAUCAAAGUUUUCAUCAAACCCUUUACCGUUAAAUGAACCUUUCAAUACUGCUCAGAUGCCUCCUAACAGCAUGAUAUACAAUAGUUCUUCUUCAAGCAUACAUAUUCAGAACUCCCCAAUGCAAUUUCCCUCUAAUUCUACAAUAUCUGCACCUAUUGAAGAUUCAAGAGGAGAACACCAAGGCGGGUUGGUUGGUAAUUUUGUUCAGAAUGUAAACCAAUUACCCAAUCAAAGAUUUAGGCAACAUAAACAAGAUUACACAAACAACUCAAAUAAUGCUUUUAGCGCUCUGAGCACACUUUCUAAUUCUAAUGGUGGCACGACUCCCUUUAGCCAGACUGUGGACCAAGAUAAUGGGGGCUACAAUCGAAGGGUGAACGGAAGUGUUUCUAGUAUCAUGCAACAUGGUGAAACUGAAAAAUCACCUAUGAACAUGAAAAUGAGGUCCACUGAUGGCUACAUUUUGGAUCAAACAAAGUCGCAUGGUGGUUUGGUUCCUAAUAAUUAUGAUUCGUUGGAUGAUAUAAUGAAUGCUGUAAUGAAACGGGAGCAAGACGGGGCAAUGUUAAUGGAGGGAGAAUUCGGACUUGAUGCUUACACUUUCGGAUCAUGUAUAUAAUUUAUGACAUUUAGUUUCCGAGCUUUUUAGAGCAUAGUUUCUCCUUCAGGACUUUGUAUCUUUAUGUAGGUUCUUUUCAACUAGUACCUGUAGUUCUCUAAAUAUUAUUGGAAGUUUAAUUUAUGAUCACGGUUGGGAAAAGUACUGGUUUUGGUUUA